UUGCCAUUUGUUAUUGUGCAUUGGAUGAAGACUGAUCCUAUGUAAUCUGUCUAGAUAGUUUUUGCUACAUUAUUCGCGCUACUUCUUUUCAACUAUUGACUCUGUUCAUUGCCACAGUUUAACCUUUGUGUUGAUAAUUUGUUUUUAUACAAAUUCGAAGUUUUAAAAUUUAGAUUUGAAAGUGAAUGGAUACAAUCAUCGAGAUAAUUCCGCGUUAAGCCUUCUUGAAGGCUUUAUUAUUUUUGUUAAUCAUGUUGAGAUUUUUUGUAAUUUCAUUUUCGUUACUAAUUUUUCCAGUAUCAUCAAUAGUUAAUCGUGGCAAAGGGACAUUCGGCAACUAUAAUCAGAGAGAAGUGAAUGGUGAACACCGUCAAUUUCAUGAGAGCGGUCAGAAUGGAUCACCACAUCCUGCCGUUGAGGAUGAACGUUUCUUCUGGGAUGAGUCUGAAGAUCCGGUUGCAGAUAAAACAAAGAUGAAACAUCACACCAGCUCAGUUUUACAGCAGCGAGUAGAUCAUGAGUCCCCUUACAUCUGGAAAGAUUCCUCUGACGAACUGCACAGAGAUUCGAGAGUGCACGUGAUCAAGGAAGAAAGUCAUUCAGUGGAGACGACUCAUCACCUCAAGACGGAUCAUGAUGAUAAUGGAGCGUCAAAUGGUUAUGGUAGUUACCAAGCUGAUGGAUGGAGACCAAUCAAAAGUUCAAAGCAAGGUGGGAGAAAUUACAACUAUUAUUCCAAGACGUCAAAGAAAGGCGGUGCUUUUGUUAGCGGAUCAUGUGAAACUCGUCUUACUGCUCCAAUGAACUCGAUUCUAAGAUGCUCAUCUUACAGUGGGUGCCAAGCCACUUGCCUCAGGGAUUAUCAGUUUCCAAAUGGAGAGACUCAGCUAUUCUUCGCUUGCCAAGAGGGAAAAUGGCGAGUUAGAGGAUCUACAGAUGAUGAAAUUCCUCAAUGUCAUCCUUCUUGCCUACCACCAUGCCAGAAUGGUGGGAUAUGUACUUCACCAAAUACCUGUCAGUGCUUGCAAACUUUCUUCGGUCCAUACUGCCAAUAUGAGAAGAAAGCUUGUACAGACUCCCCUCCCACACCAAACAAUUCAAAAAAGAUAUGCAAUUCAGAAAGCUGUACUAUCCAAUGCUUGCCUAACCAUCAGUUCUCGGAUGGAUCAGCUAUAGCCAAUGUUUUUUGCAAGGAAGGUGUGUGGAUUCCUGGCAGACCAGACUGGAAAACUGUUCCUGAUUGCAAACCUGUUUGCAGUCCACCUUGUUUGAAUGGAGGAUCUUGUAUGACUAAUAACCUUUGUCAAUGCCCGCAACAGUACAGAGGAUCUCAAUGCCAAUAUUCGGUUGAUGUGUGCGAUGCCCGUAAACUGAACUUCAACGGAAACUACAACUGCUCGGGAAAUGGUGACUACUUCUCGUGCUCUCUCACUUGCCCCCUCGGAAUGUCCUUCUCAAGCAAUGUCGCCAUUGGUCAGGUUUACACCUGCGACUAUGCCACCGGGACAUUCAUGCCAUCCCUUGUUCCGCAAUGUGUUUUUGGUGCUGGUAUGGAUCCCAACUCCAAUUAUCACCUCUCAAGUCACACGCUGGAGACAAUCAACAUAACUAAGAAAACAGAGACAAAUGUCGGUUACUUGGACCUGAACAAGCUGUUUGUUCUUGAGAAGAAACCGCCUUCACCCGGUAGCUGCUCCAUUUGGGGCGGCUCUCAUUACAAAACAUUCGAUGGAAGUAUUGUGAGUUUCAAAAGUGGAUGCCUCUACACAUUGGUCAGCGACUUGAAGGACAAUAAGUUUAAUGUCCAGACUCAGAAUACGGAGACUGACUGCUUGGGUUCUGGCUGCACUCGAAGCUUCAAUAUCUACAUAAAUGACAUAUUGUACAGAUUGCUUCUGAAUGAUGCCGGUAUGCCAGAGGUAAGGAUGUCGUUGCAAAACUUCUCCGUGCCUUCUCAAUUGCCUGAUCUGAGAGUAGACAUUUCUGGCAAAAUGGUUAUUACAACUCUACAGAGUCUUAACGUGAAGAUGGUGUGGAACCAAAAGGAUCUUGUUGAUGUGGAAGUAGGAGAAGAAUUGUGGAAUUCAACAGGAGGUCUCUGUGGAACGAUGGAUGGUCAUUCCACCAACGAUUUGACUGAAUUCCAUGAGAGUGUUGUUGAAUACGCUGAGAAGUGGAGUGUUCAAACGUUCGGAGAAGUAUGCCAGAGUAAAGUAGUGGACGCACUGGAAUGUGGAGACGCUGAGACUCAACAAGCCGCUCAUGAGUUUUGUAAUAAAAUCAUGAUUGACCCAAAAUUCAAGCAAUGUCGGAAUAUUGUAAUGGUUCGUGAGUUUUACGACGCUUGCCGCUGGGAUUUCUGUGCCUGCAAACAGAGUUCACAGGGUGCCUCCAACUGCGCCUGUGAGUCCAUUGAGAUGUUCGUGAAGGAGUGCGCCAAGAAAGGAGUCACCGACAUCGCCACUUGGAGAGACGACACUACUUGUCGUAAGUGUUCCAUUCGCUCUAGUGGAUGGAAACUUACCUCAAAUAUAGAAGAUAAAAUCAGAUUCAACAAAUUCAAAACGAAAUAUAACUUAGCAAUCAGACAAGCAAAAAUUUGUGCAAAUGACAAGGCAAUCAUUGAGUCAUCAAACAGAUGUAAGGCAGCCUGGCGAGUUAUUAGGGCUGAGACUGGCCAAAGAAAGAUUGUAAUGGUUCGUGAGUUUUACGACGCUUGCCGCUGGGAUUUCUGUGCCUGCAAACAGAGUUCAGAGGGUGCCUCCAACUGCGCCUGUGAGUCCAUUGAGAUGUUCGUGAAGGAGUGCGCCAAGAAAGGAGUCACCGACAUCGCCACUUGGAGAGACGACACUACUUGUCCGAUGCAGUGUAGCGGAGGCAAGAUAUACAUGUCGUGCGGCCCAGCAACCGAGGCGACAUGUCGCUCGCAGCAGAGCUACAGUCAGCCGAUGCAUCGCUGCGAGGAAGGCUGCUUCUGUCCUGAAGGCACGCUGGCUGAGGAUGGCCACUGCAUUCUGCCCAAGGACUGUCCCUGCCAACUUAGAGGCAAAUCGUUCAAGGCGGGUGCAACUGUUCCCAGCGACUGCAACACAUGCACCUGCGUGGAGGGCCAAUGGUCGUGCACUGACCUGCUCUGCACGGCCCGCUGUGAGGCGGUGGGUGAUCCCCACUACAGGACGUUCGACGGCCGCCAUUACGACUUCAUGGGCAAGUGCUCUUACCAUCUGCUCAGAACAGACAACUUCUCCAUCUCCGCCGAGAAUGUGGCCUGCGAUGGCACUAUCUCUGAAGCUUUUGGCCACUCGCCAUCAAAGUCUCCUUCCUGCACCAAGGCUGUGACGGUUCAGUCCAAUGAUGGAAAAACAGUCAUCAAAUUGAAGCAGAACAAGUUGAUCACUGUUAAUGGCGAAGACGUUGCUGCAUUUCCUAUCAUGAUGAAUGACAUCUUUAUAAGAGCAGCUUCCUCCAUUUUUGUUCAAGUUGAAUUACCCGACGAAAUCAACAUCUUGUGGGAUGGUUAUUCAAGAGUGUAUAUCCACGUUUCACCCAAUUUGAAAGGAAAAACACAGUAUACAUUCAUGACUCCUGAGGGGGACAUCGAACAGGAUAUUUCCUCGUUUGCAGACAAAUGGAAGGCCAAGGAAACCUGUGACAACAUCUCAGAUCAAGAUGGCACUGAAAAGACGGAAAAACAUCCCUGUGACGUGAAAGUACAGAACCGCGAACUAGCCGAAGCCUACUGCAGCAAUCUCACCAGCCGGUUGUUCGCUGAUUGUCACAUGUUUGUCGAUCCAAUGCCGUACUAUCAGAACUGUUUGUACGAUCUGUGUUCAUGCAGGAGUAGGAAGAUGUCUGAUUGUUUCUGUCCUAUGUUGGCAGCGUAUGCGAAACAGUGCGCAGAUCAGGGAGCUAUCAUAGAGUGGCGCGGGAAGGUGAGGGAGUGUGGACUACAGUGUACUGGUGGACAGGUUUACUCGGUGUGUGGUGACUCAUGCACUCGCACCUGUCAAGAUAUAGCUGGUAGAGGCAGAUUUUGCCGUAAGGAAUGUGUUGAUGGUUGUAAUUGUCCAGAAGGUAGAGCACUGGACAGUAGGGGAGAUUGUGUGCCAAUAUCGAGCUGUCACUGUUUGCGAGAAGGCAUGGAAUACCCUCCCGGUCACAAAGACAUACAACGCAGUAGCAAGGGGUUGAAACUCUGUAAGUGUGAAAGUGGAGCAUGGAAUUGCAAACUGGCAACCCAGGAGGAAAUAGCAAAGUACCCCAAUGAAGCUCUCGAACAUAAGAUAACUUGCAGCAGCAAAAAGUUUCAAGAGUUCACACAUUGUCUUCCAGCUGAGCCGAUCACCUGCAAAAACAUGCACAACUACCACAACCUUCUGCACUCAUCUGCCAUCUGCCGGUCUGGAUGUAUCUGUAAACGUGGCUUCGUUUUAGAUUCGUUGACAAGGGAAUGUGUGAAACCAACUCAAUGUCCAUGCCAUCAUGGUGGCAGAAGUUAUCUGAUGGUGAGGAGAUCAAAGAGUCGUGUAACAAGUGUACAUGUAAAGCCAGCAAAUGGCAGUGUACUGAACAUCUGUGUCCUUCUGUUUGUACAACAUGAGGUGAUUCUCAGUAGUACUUCAUUCCUGAAUUUGACAACCAUGACUGUUACUACAACCAUACUUCCUGAAGUGAACAUCAAUGAUCAACUUGUGUGUGUUCCUGGCUGGACUGACUGGAUCAACAAACAUCACCCAUCAUUGAAAGAGCCAAACUUUGACUUUGAAAAUGCCUCUGCCAUAGAUAUCAUGAACCAAAUAUCUCAGCCAAUCAACUCCACCAGCAACAAGAUAAUCAAACCGCAGUGUGGCAAAAAUGAAAUGGUGGAAAUUCAAUGCAGAGAAGUUGAAACUAAGAGACAUUACAAAGAGUUGGGUCAAGAUGUUGAGUGUACUAUUGAUGGAGGUCUAAUCUGUUCAGACCCUAAUAAAUGUAAUGAUUAUGAAAUAAGAGUGCUGUGUCAGUGUAAGGAUUCUGUUACCAUCCCAUCUCAAACAACAACAACUCCAAGAAAUGAGGUUGAAUUGCUUAGCUGCAACACUUCAAAUCCAUUGACAAAGCAUCCAACAAAUUGCUUCAAGUAUUUCCAGUGUGAAGAAACUGCUUCGGGAAGCUUUGUACAAGUGGAGAGAGAGUGCACCCUGAAUCUCUGGUUCAAUCCAGAAACAUUGACUUGUGAUUGGCCGCAUUCUGUGCUGAAGAUUCGACCAGAAUGUGAGGAGAUAUCAGAAAAUAUCAACACCAAUGUGGGAUGUGUCGAUACUUGGAGUGACUGGUUGAAUACUUCAAGCCCUAGAAACUCUGGUGGUGAUUUUGAAUUGAUCUCUGUCAUGCAGAGAGAGCACAUCGAUAUAUGUAGUAAUAAUGGAUACAUUAAAGAUAUAGAAUGUCAAUUUGUGACAACUGUUGAAGAAACUAGAAGUGGGAAAUAUGGGGAAGCAUUUGGAAGAAAUUUCGAGUAUCGCAAUGUCAAGGAGUCACCUGAUGUAGAUGUGACAUGCGAUAAAAAUCUUGGUUUAGAGUGUGUCAAUGAUAAGCAGCCAUCAAAAAUGUGUCAGGACUACAGAAUUCGAGUUCUAUGUGCUUGUGAAGAGAAAAAAGAGGAACAAAUGAAUGAGAAAGGAAAUGAACAGGCACCAGUAACGGAGACUGUCUACCAAGAUUGUAGAUCAGAUGAGGUGUACAAUGAUUGCCUCAUAAAAUGUGACCAGCUCUGCCAUUAUUAUGAACAUACUCUUCCAAGAUACACGGAAUACUGCAGCUUUAAAUCAAGGAAGCAGUGUUUACCGGGCUGUUCUUCUCUAUUGAAUCCAGUCAAUUGUUCGACCUCAGGACAACGUUGGCGUGACUUCAGCUCGUGUGUUGCGACUAAUGACUGCACGUGUCGCUCCCACAAUGGAACAAUUGUCAAACCGGGACAAGUGUUUUGGGAAUCCAAUUGUGAAGCUUGUCAAUGCUUGAACAACCACUAUGUAUGUGAUACUAGUGAGUGUCUCAAAACAACUAUUCAUCCCAGCAGUCAUGUAGCUACUUCCACUCUUGCUCCAAGUACAUCACCAGUGGAGAUCACUACUACAACUGAAUCACACUACUCAACUACGGCUGAAGAUAUAAUUUAUACAGAAAGUGAAGCAUAUGAAACUACUAAAACAACUCAGAAGAUAUUUAUUCUCACUUCAACUGUAUCUCCCCCACCUGUCUGUAAUAAAGACAGCUAUGAACCACUUCUGGGUGGGAAAAAGAAUGUGCAGUUGACUUCAAGCAGUAAUUCAAACUUCUCCAAACCAGAAUUUGGCAUUUUGAUUGAAAGUAAUGAGAAAAACUGGAAGCCAUCCAUCAAUAACCAGGAACAGUAUCUGGAAAUCAAUCUAGGACAAAUAGCACCAGUGUAUAGUAUCAUUACAGCAGGUGACGAACAUUCUGGUGAAUUUGUGACAAGCUAUUACGUUUUGUACAGCAAUGACGGCCAUACAUUCAGCUACGUGAUGGAUGGUGCAGAACCCCAACUGUUUCGCGGUCCAUUAACUAGUCUGUUGACAAUGCAGCAAGAGUUCAGCUUACCAGUGGAGGGUCAAUACUUCAGGAUAAAUCCAAACAGUUGGAAAGAAGGCAUAGCGAUGAGGGUUCAGCUAUUUGGUUGCAGCAAUGAAGUGCCAACUACAACAUCAUCCACACCAAUACCUACAACUACAUCCAGGAUGGAACCAGUUUGCACUGAUAAAAUGGGCGUUGAGUCUGGUGCUAUGAGGAAUAAGCAGAUUUCUGUCUCUUCACAUCUUGAUGAGAACUUUCAAGCACAUGACAUUGCCUUGAGUAGUGAUCGGGGAUGGGCACCAUUAAUAGACUCUCCUCAUCAAUGGGUGCAGUUCGAUUUUCUAGAAGAGAGAACAAUCACUGGUGUGGUGACAAAGGGAGGAUCGAUACUUGUUGAUGGCAAGGAUGUCGAAAACGCAUGGGUUGAAGCAUACAAGGUUGCCUACAGCCAUGAUGGAAGUGAAUGGAGCUUCAUAAUGGACGAAUCAGAUCAACCAGUCAAAAAAGUAUUUGUCGGAAACUUUGAUGUCAACUCACCACACAAGAACUUCUUCAAUUUGCCCAUUCAUGCCCAGUAUUUGAGAAUCUAUCCUUUGAAAUGGCACAGGUCAAUCCUGUUGAAAAUUGAAAUACUUGGCUGUUUUGUGCAAUACCCUGAAGAUGUGACAACCAUCAGACCUGAGCCAACUAGAGAAGGGUUCUCAACUACAACUGAGCCAGAGAAGUGUUUGGUCUGUCUGGGAGUAACAUUUGAAGGCGACUCUUGUCCAUGUUUGGAAUCGAGUGAAAAGUACUGGGAUGGAGAGAAAUGCUCACCGAAGGCUCAAUGUCCUUGUGUUGUUGGACACUUCACUUAUCAAGUCGGCAGUGUCUACUUUGAGACCGAGGAGUGUUCCACAUGUACAUGCACAUUCGGUGGUAUUUCAGCUUGCAGUAAACAAGAAUGUCCAAGCUGUGGAGAAGGGAAACUGGUACAGAGAUCAUCACAGUGCGAGUGUCUCUGUGUGGAGUGUGAAGAAGGCACAACACUGUGUCCCACCUCGAACAUCUGCAUCAAUUCAACAUCAUGGUGUGAUGGAUUUGUGGACUGUCCAGAUGAUGAGAAGAACUGUACAGUGUAUGUGGAGACAAGCCCUGUUGAGACUACAACACCGCAGUCCACCACUACUGUCGAAACUAAACAGUUGAGAUGUCCACCAGCUGAGUGUCCACCUGGUUUCAAGGUCAAAUUGAUAACGAGUGAUAAUGAAGAAAGCAAUGAUUUGGAAGAUUUGUUCAGCUCUGGGAGACUUGAGUCAACUCCAGCACAUGCUUCUAAAUCUAAAUGGGGCUCACAUUUCAACAAACAUGGGAAACGGUUUUAUGGUGGAGGCUUGCAGAGCCAUUGGGGAAGGGGUGAUAGUUUCUGGUCGAAUGGACAAUACAGUCAUCAUAGAAGUUCUUACAGUAGUUACCAUACUACUAGAUAUCAUAGUCAUUCAUAUCACGGUCACCAUCAUGGCAAGACUGGUUCCAAAUUCUUUGGAAACCAUCAUCAAUCCAAACAUGAUGUUGACAGUGAUGUAGAAAGAUGUCCAGAAUAUGAAUGUAUUCCGAUUAAAAAACAGAACAAGGUGUGUGUGACUCCAGUUUGUACCAAAGGAUACGAUCUGAUUGAAGUGGAAAGCUUUUCGAAAACUGAGGACAAAUGCCCUAAGUAUGUAUGCAAGUUGACCCCAAUGCCUGAUGCAAGAUGCAACAUAACUGGCAGAACCUUUAACACCUUUGAUGGAUUAGAAUUCAAGUAUGAUGUGUGUGAUCAUGUACUUGCUCAAAGUAUGGCUGAUUCAAAUUGGCAGAUCCGAUUGGUCAGAACAUGCUCCUAUAUAGGACCUUGUAAGAAGAGUCUGAAAAUCAAAAACUUCAACAACACAAUCAUUUUCAACACUGAUAUGAGUGUAGUCUACAACGGCUAUGAUUAUACAGUGGAGCAGUGUGGAAAGAUAGGAGGGCAAAGUUUAGAGUUCGCAAUCAAAAAGAUCAGUGAUAAAUUUAUAAUAUUCAAAAGUAUCCUCGAUUUCUCAGUCAUCUGGGAUAUGCAUGGAAAUGUUAAGAUUGUCGUGCCUCACAAGUUUGUCGGCAAUGUGAACGGUCUCUGUGGAUUAUUUGACGAUGACAAAGAAAACGAUCGUCAAAAGCCUGAUAGAACAUUCGCUCAUUCAACUAUUGAAUUUGGAGACAGCUGGGGAAAUACAGAGAGCUGUGAGACAAAAGUAUGUCCCAUUGAAAUACAGAACAAAGCCUGGGAAAUGUGCAUGAACGUGAAGAAGGCACCCCUUGCUAUCUGUGGAAAUGUCAUAAAUUUCGAUAAAUAUUUGUCUCAGUGUGUUGAGUCGAUUUGUAAUUGUCUUGAAGGCCAUACAUCGAAAGUGAAUACAACUGAGGUAGAAAAAUGUAAAUGUGAUGCACUCCUUGACUUUGUGACCGAAUGUCAAGAGAGUAAUCCAGGCAUUGAUAUUUCCAACUGGCGAGUUGUGAAUAACUGUCCUGUAGACUGUCCAGCUCCUUUCAUUUACAAAGAAUGCUACAACAGAAUCUGCGAGAUGGGAUGUGAUGAUUUGAUGGAUGACAACCCUUGCCCCACUUCAGAAGGUUCUUGCUUCCCAGGCUGUUACUGUCCCGAUGGUCUGAUCAGGGAGAAAGACAACUGCGUGAAACCACUUGAUUGCCAGGAUUGUGUCUGUGAUGGUUUCGGAAAAACACGCUACGUCACAUUCGACCGAGCUGACUACACGUUUAACAGCAACUGCACCUACAAACUUGUCGAAACAGUUCCGGAAUUCAACGAAGGUCCGAAGUUCACGAUUGUGGCUACUACAGGAUUGUGCGACUAUGAAAAUGGCAAAACAGAGAGCACCUGCAUCAAGAGUUUAACGUUCGUGUAUGGGGUUCACAGUGCUCAAGUCGGCGGAUUAAGCACCAAGGACAACUAUCAUAAGUUGUAUUUGAAAACGAAUAUUGGAGAAAAAACUCAGAAGUUUCCAUACAGGAAUCGGUGGAUCGAAGUUCAAGAAAAUAAUGGAAAUGGUUUGUUGAUACACUUGGUAACAACUCAUGUGAAAGUGCUGUUCUACGGACGCGACAAGGGUUUCUCAAUUCACAUGCCGUCUCAGCUCUAUUUCAACAACACUCAAGGCCUCUGUGGCCGAUGCAACCGUAAUGAAACCGACGACUUCUUGACUUCCGACGGUGUCGUGCAAACUGAGAACAUCGAAUUGUUCGGCAAAAGCUGGCGCGCAAUUGGGGUGUCGUCGAUUAUUGGAGAGGAAAAGGAAUGUGACGUCAUACCGCAGAAAGAGAUAGAAUGCUUGCCACCGCCUCCCGACCAAGAUAAUUGUAUGAAGCUGUUGAACGGGGCCAUAUUUGGACAGUGUCACGCAGUGAUCGACCCAGCCCCGUAUGUGGCCAGUUGCCACGAGAGCUACUGCCACGACAAGGAGUCACUAGACAUGUGCGCCGAGCUGCACUCGUACGCGAGAGAGUGCAUGUCGGCCGGCAUCUGUGUGGAGUGGCGGGCACAGUUCGAGUGCACCCUCCAAUGUGCACCGGGUCUUGUCUACAAGCCAUGCUCGCCCGGCUGCCUUGAGACCUGCGACAACUACAACCUGCUAAGAGAGAAACCUGAAAUGUGCACCGACCCUAACAUCGAGGCCUGUGUGUGUCCUCCCGGUCAGGUAGGAAUAUCAUCAAUUUCAAAUUGGUUCAUCCCAGAUUUUUUUUGUAGGUGCCUAGCGAGCUCUCCAGCCCGGAGGGCUCAAUCGUACGUAGUGGUUCAAAGGUCAGAUCUCAUGAGGUUUUGUAAUGUAAGCAGUUUUGCAGAAUGCAAACCAGCAUCCGAGUGUGAAGACACCGGCAGUGAGUUGAAUAAGACUCGAAACGCGGGUCUAGUCGCCAUUCUCGUCGAGACAGGAUGCUGUCCUGAAGUGAAGGUCAUCUGCAAGAAGGAGCUCUGCCAGCAGCCACCCAGCUGUCAGAAAUACUUCGAGCUGCAGCAGGUGCUCUCAGAAUCAGCUGACGCCUGUUGCCCCACCUACUCCUGUGAAGCACCCAAGGACAAGUGCUUGUAUGAAUUCGAAUUCAUAGAAGAGCCCAACAGUGGUGUCAGAAAGCGCAACCCUAACGAGAGAUACAUUGAGGCGAAGAAUGGCGGAGAAGUUUGGUACGACGGUCCGUGUCACAAGUGUGAAUGCAGCCCGACUGAUUUCAAGUCACAUUGUACAACCAAGCAAUGCUCGCUGCCGACCACUGAUAGUGCUGACUAUGUGGUUGAAACUAUGCACAUAUCAGGCCAGUGCUGUCCCGUUUUCAUUAGAACUGCUUGUAAAGUGGAUGACACCAUCUAUCAGGAAGGAGAAGUGUGGAGAUCACCAUCGGGAGACCCUUGCAAGAACUACACAUGUGUGAAAAAUGAAGACAGCAAAAUUACAAAGCAAGAUAUCGUCGAAACUUGCAAGAAAGAUUGCCGGAAGGGUUGGAAAUAUGUGGAGCCUUCAGUCGAUUCGAAAGAAUGUUGCGGUCAAUGCCAGCCUUUCGCAUGCGUUAUUGACGAUGGAAGAGAAAUGGCUCUGAACAGUGUAUGGUAUUCAGACGAUAACUGUACGACAUACACUUGUUCAGCUGAGUUAGAUCAGGUUUUUAUAAGUUCUUCACAGCAGCUCUGUCCUCCCCUGGAAGAUUGCCCUGAAGAGAAUAUUAUCAAAGAUGGCUGCUGCCAAAAAUGUAACCAGACUACUCCUCUUGCUCAGAGUAUUUGUGCACCUGAAUCAUUACCAGCCAACGAAACAUUGAAGCUGAUUAGACACUUGGAUGUCAAACAUGGACUCUGCCAAAAUAUCGAGGUUCUUGACAAUUUCACAGAAUGUCGGGGAGCCUGUGAUUCUUACACCUAUUACAACAAAGAUACAGAAUCUCACGACAGCAAAUGCCAGUGUUGCCAAGCUGUGAAAUACGACAGCAUUCACGUGUCUCUCUCAUGUGAGGAUGGAUCGAUCAUGGAGAAAGCUGUGUUCGUUCCUGCCAAAUGUGUUUGCAUGAACUGUGGGGCAUGAUGACACAAUCAAUUGUUAAAAACUAUACCUAGUCCCUUGAAAUGAAAUGUUAUCCUAAUUGAACAGAGAAAAUAGAUACCACAAAUAAAAGGUUUAUAAUUUGAAUUUGUGUUUUUCUUAGUAGAGACUACUGUUAUCAUUGAAUGAGAUAUUAUCCUAAUUGAACAGAGAAAAUACAUACCACAAAUACAAGAUUUAUUAUUUAAA